UAAAAGUAAGUUAUAGACAUUUCUAAAACAGUUGUAGAUAUCACUAUGAAUAGUUUAAAACUGUGUUAUUUUUUAGUCGCAGUCGCAUCGUGCGGAUUAGUUCCAUCAUUGGGUGCCGCAUUUGAGUGGCCAUUUUUAAAAGCGUGCACGCCAAAGGAUGAAUUAUGUCAACGAAAGCGUGUUGUGGAAUUCUUUCAGACAUAUUCCAAUGGAAUACCAGAACUGGACAUACCUUCCCUUAAUCCUAUGUAUUUGGGCAAUAUAAAUGCAAAGGGCCAAGGAAAUGAGAAUUUAAAUUUAAAUAUAAAUAUGAUAGAUGUUCUGCUCUAUAACUAUACCAACAUUGAGUGUCUGGAUGUAAAGGGUGUUACGGGGGACAUGACCAAACCGGCACAUUUGACAUUUAAAGUGAAGAAUCCUCAUUUAAUUGUUCGCACGCGUUGUCAUCUAAGCGGGAAACUGUUAAUAUUUAAUGUUGAAGGUGAAACCGAUUUGGAGGUUCACAUGAUGAACACAACCACAGUAAUCGAUGUAGAUUUGGAGCCCUAUUCGGAAGGCGAUCAAAGUUAUUUCAAAGCAACAUCCUUCUGUGCCAAACAACAAACGCCCAGCAUGAAAAUUUUCUUCAAAAAUUCAACACUUUUCAAUGGAGAUCAAAUGUUUGCCGAUGUUUUCACCGACACCAUUAACGAAAAUUGGAUGUUGAUGCGUGAUGAAAUCCAACCGUAUUUUGAAAAGGCGAAUGCUAAAGUGUCAUUGGUAAUAUUAAAUAAGAUUUUAAUUACCAUACCCAGUGAUCAGUAUUUUAAGGAUGAAUAAAGAUAAUCGAAAAUUG